GGCCUGCUCUUAACCCACUAUCACAGGAUUAUUUUUCUGUUCUUUCCCUCCUUUUCUUUGCCCCCCCCCCAGAUUAAACGAGGAGACGUCGCUGGCUGGUGUAUGUGUUUAGAAUGGGACACGCUGAAGGUCCAGUCAAAGAAAAAGACAGUUAAGGAUGCAGGAGCCCAACAAUGGAUUUCUCCUUCUCUUUCAUGCAAGGGAUCAUGGGAAAUACAAUUCAGCAACCCCCUCAGCUCAUUGACUCAGCCAACAUCAGACAGGAAGGCACCUGCGACACCGGCAGUGACCCGGGCGAGGAUGGUGGUCCCUCCUAUGAUGCUGCCCUGGAUGCAGAGUUCUCCUACCCGCCGUCAGCCUCGGAGGACAUGCAGCAGGUCUCUAAUGGCUUCCCGCCUGGCCUGGGCAUAUACGAGCCGCAGGCCAAGUUUUCCAUGUACUCGCAGUUCCCCAACGGCUCGGCGAAUGGCUACGGGGCCAUACGGAGCUAUGGAGACCACGUCCUCCUGCCCGGGGAGGGGACUGUCCUGAGAGGCCCAGGUCUCCAGGAGAGGCCUUUGUCUCCUGUGUCUCCGCCGCUGCCCACACAUCACCCGCACCUCCUCCACCACCACCAUCAUCUCCCCCAUCAUCAUCAGCACCACGCACACCAUUUCCACUCGAACCCACCUCACAUACAAACACUCCCGCACCGACAGAGUCCCCCGCCACCGCCACUGCCCUUACAGCACCACCUGUCCCAGACGCCUCACAUCAUGACCCACACUCUCCCCCCUCCCCCUCCAUUACACCUGCCUUCCUCCAGUCCUCCCCCCUCUCUUGUGGACAGUACCCCCUCAUCUCAGCCCACCCACACCCCGUCCAACACCCCUGGUGGGGUGUUGAUGAAAACCAGCUCUCCAGAGAUCAAGCUAAAGAUCAUAAAGACGUAUCAGAACGGAAAAGAGCUGUUCGAAUCUGCGCUGUGUGGAGACCUACUGCAAGAGCUGCAGAGCGACUCUCAGAGGAACGAUUCUACUCCGAUGCAGCGCAGACAUGAGAGGAAGAAGGAGAAGCGGAAAAAGAGUGCAAGGCUGCAGCUGCAGGUCCAGGAACAGAGCCUGGACGAGAGCCAAACACAGGCAGGUACCACGGACCAGACAGAGGACACCCACGUCCAACCCCCGCCGAGAGAAACCCCCCCAGCCCUGACAAAGAAGCCUCAGAAGACGGUUAUCAAAACUGAGCCAAAGACUCCGAAGGUUCCGAAGGUACAUCAUCCAUCAGUAAUCCAAGAGACGGGCUUCUGUAAGGAGUUUCUGAUAGGAGAUCUGGUGUGGUCCAAAGUGGGCACCUACCCCUGGUGGCCCUGCAUGAUCUCAUCUGACCCACAGAUGAAGGUCCACACUCGCAUCAACACCAGGGGUCACAGGGAGUAUCACGUCCAAUUCUUUGGCAGUGUCGCCGAGCGAGCGUGGAUCCAUGAGAAGAGGAUCGUCAUGUACCAAGGGAAGCAACAAUUUGAGGAACUUCAGGCUGAUACUCUGCGCAAGACCACAAACCUUGUAGAGAAAAGUAAACUUCUGAAGCCUAUCCCUCAGCGGGAGCGUUCUCAGUGGGAGGUAGGUGUGGGCCACGCCGAGGAUGCCUUCCUGAUGACGCGGCAGGCGCGAAUUGACACCUACACCUUCAUCUAUGUUGACCCCGAUCCCAGUGAAGGCCCGUCAAGCAGGAAACCCACUGUCAGGGCAGAGAAACGAAAUCGGCGCUCGAGCGGCUCAAUCAGUAAGAAGGAAGGAGGAGGAGUGAAGUCACCAGACAGAGAGCAGCCACCGAGAAGGCAGCUGCCGCGCAGACAGUGUAGUGUUUCAAACACAGAUGACAACACAAACUCCCAGGCCUCAAAUGAAGAGAAGAACCAGAGGGGGGACCAGCGUAUAUCCAGCUCCCCGAAACAGAACGCUGAUUGUGAUGCACAGACACGGCAGGACUCUCCGCCUCCAGUUCGGGCCUGGAAAACAGCAGCGGCCCGAAAGCUGCUGCCUCUUUCGAUCACCAUGAAGAGGCUGAAUGUGGAGAUCACAAAGUGUGACUGGCCUCUCUUGCAGAAAAAAGCCGUUCCAUCCCCAAAAAGAGACAACGAAGAGGAGAAGGAGGAGAGAGUGGAGAGGGAGGCCAGGCAGCCCGACCUGGGAUACUGCUCUCCUGAGGACAGCAGAGCUAAACCUGAGCCGAGUCCAGAGGAAGAGGAAGACGGAGACGAAGGGGAGGAAGAGGGAGAAGGAGAAGGAGAAGGAGAAGGCGAGGAGGAGAGGAGAGGUUCCCCAGCCAGCCGGAGGAGUGAGGAGGGAGGAAUGCAGCAGACCUCCUCUCCUGGGUCCCACCACAGUAGUCCACAUGGUUCUCAGGAGAGGAAGCUGCAGCGACGGUCCGUGAGGAGCAGGUCUGAGUCAGAGAGGGGCGGUGAUCCCGUCCCCAAGAAGAAGACCAAAAAGGAACAGGCGGAGAUGGCUCCUGAAACCACACUUAGGACAGGUUCACAGAAAGGAGCCAGCGAGAUCUCUGAUGCCUGCAAGCCCCUCAAGAAGCGAAGCAGAGCGUCGACAGAUGUGGAGAUGGCUUCAUCUCAGUACAGAGACACCUCUGAUUCCGACUCCAGAGGUCUCAAUGAUCCGCAGGGUUUAUUUGGGAAGAGUCUCGAUAGUCCGGCAGCAGCAGAUGCAGACGCCUCAGAUACUCAGUCUGUAGACUCCGGGUUAUCUCGUCAGGACAGCAGCACCGGCAAGAGAGACACUGUCUGCCAGAUCUGCGAGGUGUAUGGAGAAGGUUUGGUGGUGUGUGAAGGUGACUGCAGCAGACAGUUUCACCUGGAGUGUCUCGGCCUGACGUCCCUUCCCGAAGGCAGAUUCACGUGUUUGGAAUGUAGGAACGGCAAUCAUCUGUGUUUCAGCUGUAAAACAGCAGGCCAGGAGGUGACGCGGUGCUCUGUGUUGGGAUGCGGUUGUUUCUACCACGAGGAUUGUGUCCGUAAACUCCCGGGCACCACCAGCAGUCCAGGCGGAGGCUUCUGCUGCCCACAGCAUAGUUGCUCUACCUGCUGCCUGGAGAGGGACGUGCAGAGAGCUAGUAAAGGUCGUCUGAUGCGUUGCAUACGCUGUCCGUCGGCCUAUCACACGGGAGACAGCUGCGUGGCAGCAGGUAGCGUCGCUCUCACCCAUCACAUCAUGAUCUGCAGCAGCCACGGCAGCGCCAAGAGAAACGGCCUCCUCACCUCACCUGUCAACGUGGGCUGGUGCUUCCUGUGUGCCCGAGGGCUGUUAGUGCAAGACCUUACUGACCACAUAUUAAGUUCAUAUGCCUAUAAGUCCCACUACCUUCUGACUGAGUCAAAUCGUGCUGAGUUGAAAUUACCUAUGAUUCCCUCUCCUUCGUCAGCUACCAAAAAGAAUGUUGGGAAAGGAGGCAAGUUGCUGUGCUGCGACUCUUGCCCAGCUUCCUUCCACCCGGAGUGUUUGGAGAUCGAGACGCCGGAGGGAGCGUGGUCCUGCAGUGAUUGCAGGGCAGGGAAGAAACCUCACUACAAACAAAUUGUCUGGGUUAAGCUCGGCAACUACAGGUGGUGGCCUGCAGAAAUCUGCAAUCCUCGCUUGGUGCCAUCAAACAUCCAGAGCCUGCGCCACGAUAUUGGUGACUUCCCCGUCUUCUUCUUUGGCUCCCACGACUACUACUGGAUCAACCAGGGCCGCGUCUUCCCCUACGUGGAGAAUGACAAGAACUUUGUCUCUGGUCAGAUCAACAUCAACAAAACCUUCAAGAAAGCUCUGGAAGAAGCAGCUCGGCGGUUUCAGGAGCUCAAGGCACAGAGGGAGAGCAGGGAGGCUUUAGAGCAAGAACGCAACUCUCGCAAACCUCCACCAUACAAAUGUAUCAAGUCCAACAAACCAGUGGGGAAAGUGCAGGUGCACGUAGCUGACCUGUCAGAAAUCCCACGAUGCAACUGUAGACCAACAGAUGAGCAUCCUUGCAGUCUUGAUUCCCAGUGUCUCAACCGCAUGCUGCAGUACGAGUGUCAUCCACAGGUGUGUCCUGCAGGAGACAACUGUGAGAACCAGUGUUUCACGAAGCGGCUGUAUGCAGAGACAGAAGUGAUCAAGACGGACGGCCGUGGCUGGGGCCUCAGGGCGAACCAGGCUCUCAGGAAGGGUGACUUAGUGACAGAGUACGUGGGGGAGGUGAUAGACUCAGAGGAGUGCCAGCAGCGAAUCAAACGUGCCCAUGAAAAUCACGUGAGCAACUUCUACAUGCUCACCCUCACCAAGGAUCGCGUGAUCGACGCCGGCCCAAAGGGGAACUCAGCCCGGUUUAUGAACCACAGCUGCAGCCCGAACUGUGAAACCCAGAAGUGGACGGUGAGCGGGGACGUUCACAUCGGACUCUUCACACUUUGUGAUGUAGAUGCUGGCACAGAGCUGACGUUCAACUACAACCUGCACUGUGUGGGCAACAGGAGGACGUCCUGUCACUGUGGAUCAGACAACUGCUCUGGAUUCUUGGGGGUGCAGCCAACGAGUGCCGUGGUGAUGGAAAAAGAGGAGAAGGCCAGGAACGCCAAGUUGAAGCCGAAGAAGCGGAAGCUGCGGCUGGAGGGAAAACACACACACGAGUACUUCUGUUUUUGUUGUGGAGAAGGAGGCGAGCUGGUGAUGUGUGACAGAAAGGACUGUCCCAAAUCGUACCACCUGCUGUGUCUCAACCUCACCAAGCCGCCAUAUGGACGCUGGGAAUGUCCUUGGCAUGACUGCAGUGUUUGUGGCGCGUCAGCCUCGUCACUCUGUGAUUUCUGCCCUCGCUCAUUCUGCCGGGACCACGAGGCCGGGGCGUUCACCGCCUCUUCCCUGGAAGGCCGCCCCUGUUGCUCCAGUCACAACCCCCUCAGUCCCUUGGGCUCCAGCUCCAACUCUACCCAGCAGCGCCACUCUGCUUUGAGCCCCAUCAGGGUCAAAGAGGAACCAGAGCCAGAGACGGGCCUACAGUCCGCAGAGUGACGCCGCGCCUCCUUCAAUACCUCAUCCCUGUAAACGUGCGCUCUUGUUGGCCUCCUGCGCUCCGGUCCACCGAAGCCACGCACUCCACAAGGGAACACGGUGCUUUUAGACCAGUAUGACGGCUGCUGUUCAGCGUCGAGACACACCGAUGAACACUGUAGAGUGACUGGAGUGUCGGCAUAGGAAGCACCUAGGAAUCAUUGUGCGCCAUUUUCCCUUCUCUCUUGCCAUAAAGCACCACCGAUAACACUCUUCCCAGCACGCUUGCGUCCAUCGGAGGGCCCAGACCACCACUUCGUUGCGUUUCCCUUUUCUUUUCUCUUAUUUUUUACAGCUGUGGAAUUUUUAAGUGUUGUCACGUCGUCAGUUUCCGGCACUUUGAAGAACUCAUCGAGUGAGGUGGAGGGAGGUGUGAGGUGGAACCUCUCCACCACCACGCUGCUCAUCUCCUCGUCUACCUGCUGUUCGCUGUGGUCGGCAUCUCAAACACAAGAUGGCUUCACGGAAACGAGCCACCGGCCUUUUGUCCAUCUCUCCCUGACGUGGUCUGUCGUCACAUUUUAUCUCUUCUUCUUCUACUGGCAGAAAAGGA